AUGGGGCCCCCGGGCAAUAGGGGAUCAUGGGGCCCCUGUGUCCUUGUCCAAACUCAAAAAAGCCUAUGAAAAAGGUACCAGGGGCAUCUCAUGGGUCCCCCUACUGACCCCGGGCCCUCGGGCAAAUGAGAUCACCAGGACUUGACCUCAAGCCAUCAGGAGGAAGGUUCAGACCUAACCAGGGGCGGACUGACAACUCAUGGGGCCCCCAGGCAAUAGGGGACCAUGGGGCCCCUGUGUCCUUGCCCACACUCAAAGCACACCCAAAAAAGCCUAUAGGUACCAGGGGCAUUUCAUGGGGCCCCCUACUGACCCUGGGCCCUCGGGCAGUGCCCGAGUGCUCGAAUGGUCAGUUCGCCCCUGGACCUAACCUUAAAGAAUAUUAUUUUACUAAAAGA